AAAAGCCUUUCUUGUUGCGUUCACACUCGUCCUGUUGUCUGUUUCCACGUGUUCCAGCUGUUUCCAUAGCCCCGCCCCCGCUCUUCUCAACGCCGCCUCUGAUUGGUCGAGCCAGCUCUCCGUUAAUUUCCGGACAGUGGGCCCCUCCCACUUCUCUCCGUCAGUCCUGACAGCUCGCUCCCCGACGCUACGACAAGCUCUCCCCCCCGUGACGGAAACACGGGAAAGUGACAGGAGAGCGUUGUCAUGAAUCUACGGCGGCGGCGUUUUAAUUUCCACCACUUUCGUUAGACACGUCGGAGUUUAUAGCUCUGCGGCGGACGGACGGCGGAAAUGAAGAGAGAGUCGGACCUCUGUCGCUAGUUUAACAGCUUUGGAGCGAGUCCUCUGUGUUUGUUUGUGUUCGCGUCGGACCACCAUGAAGCCGACAGUUUUAGGGGUCACGACGGGUCCGGGACACCUUCUGCUGUGUCUUCUCCUGCUGUCCUGCGAAAACAAACCACUUCAGGUAGGAGGAGUCAGAUCAGUCACACUCCCGGAGUCCCUCCUGUUUGUCUCGACCCUGGACGGGAGUCUGCAUGCUGUGUCCAAGCAGACCGGAGACAUCAAGUGGACUUUAAGAGAAGACCCAGUUAUUCAAGUGCCCAGCUACCUUGCAGAGCCCGGUUUCCUCCCGGAUCCUAAUGAUGGCAGUUUGUACGUGCUUGGAGGAAAACACAAAGAGGGCCUGAUGAAACUGCCUUUCACCAUCCCAGAGCUGGUUCAGUCCGCCCCCUGCAGAAGCUCUGAUGGCAUGCUCUACACAGGAAAAAAACACGACGUGUGGUUUGUAGUGGAUCCUGAAACGGGCGAGAAGCAAACGAGUUUAACCACCUCCUCCUCUGAGUCCAUCUGCCCCAACACUCCUCUGCUCUACAUCGGACGCACCGAGUAUAUGGUUACCAUGUUCGAUACUAAGACGCAAGAGCUCCGAUGGAACGCUACGUACAACGACUACUCUGCUCAUCCGUACGACGAGAAGCAAGACUACAAAAUGGCUCAUUUGGUGUCGAGCGGUGAUGGUCUGAUGGUGACGGUUGACAGGGAGUCAGGCGACGUCUUGUGGACUCAGAACUACGGCUCACCUGUCGUGGGCGUGUACCUCUACUACGAAGACUCACUGAGACACGCCCCUCACCUCUCGCUCGCCAUGGAGACGCUACGCUUCCUCACCUUCUCCUCUGCUAAAGACCAGGCAGAAGCUCACUCCACGCUGAAGUGGAGCUAUCAGUUUGUGACGGAGCAAGCCAGUGCACAAACCCAGCUAGUACCCACUCUCUAUGUUGGAAAACUUGACUCCCACCUUUACGCUUCGACUUCGCUCGUCCAUCAUGGAGUGUCAUUAGUGCCUCGGGGGCUGACGCUGGCUCGGAUCGAGGGUCCGGUGACGGCCGGCGUGACGGUCAGCCAGAGAGGGGAAUGUGAGAUCACGCCUUCCACCGAUGUGCAAUACCCACCAGGGAGCACAGCCAGCCAGAAAAACCACUGGCUACUCAUAGGCCACCAUGAGGUCCCCCCCUUAGCCCACACAACCAUGCUGAGGGAUUUUCCAGCCAAUCUGCAGCAUUCGGGUGAGGCGGUCAUCCCGCCUCGAGCUCCCGCCUCUCCCGUCUCCUCUGCCUCCCACUACCAUCAGCACUACUUUCAGAGGGUUGCUGGCAGCCAUGGGGACCAGAACACCAAGAAGGGAGGUGUUGGUGGGAAGAGCACAGGCCAGACUCCGAGCCCGGCCACCGUGCUGCCCGUCUACCUGACCCAGGACCGUCUGACGCUGGCGGUUCUGACCAUGCUGGUCGGGGGAUGGCUUGCCUUCGUGCUCACUUUUCCUCUUCGUAAAGCCCAGCAGCUGAAAGCUCAAAGGCAGCUGGAGGAGGUGUUUCAGUCUCGCCUGCAGCAAAUGCAGACCAGCAUGCAGACAAACCUGCAGCCUGUCACCUUGGUUUCUGCAGACGGGAGCAUGUCCACCGACCCGAACGUCACAAGUGAUUCCCCGGCUGCGUCGAAUGACGAUUCAUCCGAUCUCCAGAAUCACAGCAGGAGAACUUCAGAUUCAGAUAAAAACGGCUCAGUUGAUCACAAACCUUCAGCUGCAGAAGUUGGUAAUGACGUGCUGGUAGGAAAAAUCUCCUUCACACCAACUGAUGUCCUCGGGCAUGGCACAGCGGGGACCUUUGUCUUUAGGGGCAGGUUCGAUGGACGGCACGUUGCUGUAAAGAGAAUCCUGCCGGAGUGUUUCGAGGUAGCCGAGCGAGAGGUGCAGCUUCUCCGGGAAUCCGACACACACCCCAACGUCAUCCGAUACUUCUGCACAGAGAGAGACCGCCUGUUCACCUACAUCGCCAUCGAGCUUUGCGCCGCUACCCUGCAGCAGUAUGUGGAGGAUUCCUCCUGCUUCCCUGAGCUGGAUCAUAUAACUCUUCUGGAGCAGACCAUGUGUGGCCUCUCUCAUCUGCACUCACUCAAUAUAGUCCAUCGCGACCUUAAGCCCAGAAACAUUCUCCUCUCUGGUCCGAAUGCUCUGGGUCAGGUCCGGGCGCUCAUCUCCGACUUUGGACUGUGUAAGAAGAUCCCAGACGGUCGGUGCAGCUUUUCUUUACGCUCUGGAAUACCGGGAACCGAAGGCUGGAUAGCUCCUGAAGUGCUGCGAGACACACCUGGAAAUAAACCUACUUCAGCCGUGGACGUGUUCUCAGCAGGCUGCGUGUUUUACUACGUGGUCAGCAGAGGGCAGCAUCCUUUCGGCGACGCUCUGAGGCGUCAGGUCAACAUCCUUUCAGGAGAAUACUCGCUCUCACACUUCAUGGAUGAUAUUCACGACGACGUCAUAGCGAAGGAUCUGAUCGAGCAGAUGAUCGGCGCCGACGCAGAUUCACGGCCGUCCACCGCCUGCGUGCUCAAACAUCCGUUCUUCUGGAUCCCCGAGAAGCAGCUCCUCUUUUUCCAGGACGUCAGCGACCGCAUAGAGAAGGAGCCGCCCGAGAGUCCCAUCGUGGUCAGAUUGGAGACCGCAGGAAGAGCAGUGGUCCGAACCAACUGGAGGAUGCACAUCUCUGUCCCUCUGCAGACAGAUUUGAGGCGCUUCAGGACGUACAAAGGAAACUCUGUGAGAGAUCUGCUGAGAGCCAUGAGGAACAAGAAGCAUCACUACCACGAGUUGCCUCCGGAGGUACAGGACACCCUGGGCGAGCUGCCCGAAGGCUUCGUCAGCUACUUCACCUCCCGGUUUCCACGGCUGCUGAUGCACACGCAUGCCGCCCUGCAGAUCUGCGCCCACGAGAGGCUGUUUCAGCCCUACUACCUGCCGCCCAAAGCCAAAUAGCUUUCACAGGACUCAGCACUCCAGGUUUUAUGCACAGAAGGAGAGAAGCUGCUGACGGUACCCCAUUAUUGCUUUUGUAAAGCCUACACUGUGUCGGGGGGGAGUUGCAGUGCUGUAAAAAAAGUUUUUACACACCUUGGGGAGAUUUAUAAAUUAUUUUUGUUGCAUUUUACUCUACAGUUCCUUUAACAAAGCUUUAAAUUAUAUAUAAAAAAAGGUUUUUAUUGAAGGAAAAUGUUUCUCAGAAACAAAACACUAAACUCAAUCAGAUUAACAGCAUCAUCGCUGCCUGGUAACGGAGUGGGAAAAGCCUUAAAAUUAAAAAAUCUUUCUGAACAAUCUCCCGUUUGCUGCCGUUUUGCAGCAGUGAAUUCUGGGGAUUUUUAAUUUCCCUGAUCAUCGGCCCUCACGGUGUCAGGAUAAACGCCGGUCCUCAUCCAGGCUCCUUUGUCCCAGUUCCAGCUGUUUUAAACCUUUUUAAUUUUUACUUUUGGCUGCAGAUUCAGGCAUGUUAAGUCCAGCCGAUAUCGUCUUUUAGCAUUUUCCAGACUUAUUUGUUUUUAGUUUACUUCUGAAAAUGUUAAAUUUACAUUACAGGCUGAUUUUGGAGGUCCAGAUUAAAUCCAACUACACCAAAUUUGUCCCCAAAAGAAGAAAAAGACUUUAAACAUGCUGGAUUUCCUUCCCUUGCUUCAAAGUGUCGCCAUACACCACAGAGGGACUGAAAAUAAUUAGUACUUAAUUAGUAAUUAGUACUGUUGUUCAUUUUUACUUGAAUAUAGUUAAACAAGUCUAAUUUAAUCAGUUAUUUUCUCUUAUCAACAUUAAUUAGCAAUUUUUGGGUUGUUUCCAAGAGAAAUUUCUCUGGAGAAAGUUGCCAGUGGUGAAAAAUCUCCAGCAGGAUCUUUUUUUUUCUUUUCUUUUUUUUUCCUUUCAUCUUUGUAGUUUUAUUUAAGUAAUUUAAUUUCUUCUAUAAGAGCCUUUACCCUCUUCUGCAUACAUUUUCUCAAAUAUGUAUUUUGAGGAAUUUUAAAACAUUUUCCUAUGUACGAUAACUGCAAUAUAAGAUUAUUUUAUUUUCAGGUUUUUCCCCCUGAUUCGUUCUCAGGAGCGACAAAAAAAAAUGUGAAAGGAAACUAAUCAUAGUUUCUGAUUAAAAUUAGACACUGAAGAUAUUUUUAAAGCUUUGAAUAAAACAAAUGUAAGUUGUUUUAUUUCAGCAAUACGCUCUCACCAAUGAUGGCAAAGAAUGUGCACUUCUGUAUUAAACUGUGCGUACGUCGCACUGCUCAGGAUGUCAGAAAAAUGUAUUUAAAUUUAAAAUUUUUAGAAAUAGAUUUUUUAAGGACAUUCAGAAACUUUCAGUGUUGAAUUUGGUGCAGAAACUUUGUGGCAGCACUGUCAGUGGAAGAAACACUGGCCACACCUAAUUAGAUGAAAAUAAUCUAAGAAAUGUUUGGUGUCAGAACGCAGAUCCGGUCACAUUUAGCCCCGCUGCUGCUGCUGCUGCUGACAGACUCCACAGUAUGUGUUGUUUUCUGGCUGGUAUCUGCACUCGUAUGGUUGAUGGUAGCUACACUGACCGCGCUCAGGCAGCGGUGACCUUUAUCCCCCCCGUUAAAAGCAGAACACUGAGCGUGGCGGCAUCCACCUGGACCACAGGUGUACUUCAGACCAGGACAAGGCGGCUCCUGCAACACCUGACCUAACCGCUCUGGUUUAGCACUCAAUGAACGUAGAAACAGGAAGCUACACGCCUGGAUGGACGCUGACGGACCCGCUGUAUUAUCUGUGGGAUGGAUCGCCGCUUCUGAGUUUAAAUGCACUUAAAAAAAAAAACAUGAAAGAUCGGCAUGUUUCUGCCAGAAAAAUGCUUUUUGUUUCCUCCUAAAACUGCUGGAUGCAAGCUUGUUUUUCUGUUUUGUUUUGUUUGUUUAGCAGCAUGGAUGAUGAAUACAACUUUUAUACUUUUUUUGAAUGAGUGAAUUAAAGUGAUGCUUUGGGUGUGCCAAAGAAUUAAAUUAACAA